AUGCCUCCCAAACCUACCAAUGCUCCCGAGCAUAGCUCGCCCUCUCACAAGAGACCCCGGCUCUCGCCUUCGAGCCAGCGAACCCAAUCGGGAGGAGGAUACACAAAGAUUGUCCUGUACUCUCUCGCCUUUCUAGCUUUACAGGCCCUUGCCUUGCUCACUUCUCCAACGUAUAUCGAGGCGUACGCGCUCCCUCUCCUAGCACGACUAGGAUUCAAGCGGGACCUCUCUGGACCUUCUCCGUUCAAUACCCAUCCAGCCAACUCGCAAGUCAUCAACCUGCUAGAUAGCAAAGUGUUGCCGGUUGUUUCUCCCCCCACAGAGCACUCCAUAUCAGACAUCUUCGUACCUCCCGGAUCCACUUUCGAAUCACUUCUCGCUCGUCCGUUCCACGUCUACGAUCCCGAGUUUUACGCCAUCAUCGGCUCGAGGCCCACUCUCACGCGAAUAGCUCAUUCUCCCAUCGAUCCCCUUUAUCACGAAGCCGUCGUUUGGUGGGUGUAUCCUCCAACGGACGAGGUCUUCUUUUGCCAGAAUGCAGGUGCAAAAGACGCAGGCACCGGCGCGAAGAAAUCCGCCAUUGUUCAAAAGAUCUCACUGAGUCAAGCUGCUCAAGCGGCCUCUGCUGGGAUCCAAAACAAUACAGGCGUCGUCAAAGUCGAGACUGUAGCCUCUGAUCCCCCCAUCAUCAACCCGAACGGGGCAACCAAUUACCGCGGCCAAAUUGUCUUUGCUGCCGAGGGCCAAAACCAAGACAAGGCAUCUGAAGUGGUCAUGUUGAACCCUCUGCCCCCGUACAACACCUCGAGUGAUGACGCUGAGACCUCUGCUGCUCUCCUAAACAACUUUUUCGGUCGACAAUUCAACUCUAUCAACGAUUUGGCUGUUCACCCAGUGACAAAGGAUCUACAUUUCACAGAUGUCACGUACGGCUGGCUCCAACACUUUCGACCGUCUCCAAACCUCCCAAAUCAAGUGUACCGAUACGUUGAAAGGAGUGGCUUGAUUCAAGUCGUCGCGGAUGGAUUUAACAAGCCGAACGGAAUCACCUUUUCACCAGACGGAAAAUGGGCCUAUAUUGCAGAUACUGGUGCCGCACAAGGUUACCGAUUCCCAUCUGAUCCUACGCUGCCCACGACCAUCUAUCGAUACCGCGUCAACGCUGACGGGUCUUGGUCCGAACGAUCCGUUUUUGCAUUCGUCAGUCCAGGAUUGCCCGACGGCAUUCACUGCGACACCAAAGGCAACUUGUAUGCGGGUUGUGGCGAUGGUGUCCAGGUUUUCAAUCCGUCCGGUAAACUCAUCGGCAAGAUCUUUGUCGGGGGAACGGUGGCCAACUUUCAGUUUGCUCUCAACCGCAUGGUCAUCUGUGCCGAGACAUCCCUAUGGUACGCCGAGCUGGGGAUCGAAGGUGUCGCCAUUACAGAUUUAUGA